CAAGAAGAAGAAAAUGGCCCAGUUGCUUUUGAGUUCGUCGGCGCAGUCUUCUCUCCUUAAUGUCAGACCCAGACUCCCCUCGUUCAAGAACUCCUCUGCUUCACCGAUCCGAAGUAUCGCCUUCACUAAUUCCAACGGUUUUCAUCCUUUAGCGUUCAAAUCUGGUAACCAAAGACUCACCCUCAGUGCGGAUUCGACCAAGACGAUCACUACUUUUACUGUCAACUGCGUUGAUUCGGGAGCCAAAGCUGUUGAAGUUGAACCUGCGAUCGGGGGAGGAGGUGGUGGUGGAAUUGGAGGGGACAAGUUUGGUGGCGGUGGGGGAGGCGGCGAUGAUAAUGGCGAAGGAGAAGACGGCGGCGAGGAGGAGAGUGGUGGAAAGACGCCUUUGUCUAUGUCGCAGAAGUUGACUCUUGGUUACGCUUUCCUUGUCGGAGUUGGUGGGCUGAUGGGUUAUCUGAAGAGCGGUAGCCAGAAAUCGCUGCUUGCGGGUGGACUUUCAGCUGCUGUUCUGCUCUUUGUCUUCCGUGAGCUCCCGACUAAACCUGUUCUUGCUUCGACCAUUGGUGUAGUGAUGGCGGGUGCAUUAACUUGGGUGAUGGGAACUCGGUACAUGGGUUCCAAGAAGAUAUUUCCGGCUGGAGUCGUGUCCUUCAUGUCUUUCAUUAUGACUGGAGGAUACAUACAUGGCAUCAUGCGCAGCCUUCACUAAGCAGCAGCCACAGCAUCACUUCGCUUUGCAGUGUGUCUGAACGUUUUCUCGGGCUUAAUUUGGACCCUGAUUUUGUUUGUUUUCUGGAUGUAAAACAGCUUCAUACUUUUUGUUUUAAUCGUAACCCCAGAAAAAAAAGCUUACCUAAUGUUUACAUUCCUUAUUUCUUCUUUAUUCUCAUGGAUUUAGUGGCCAGAAUCCAAACUCAAAUAGCUUUCUUUUACUCAUUAAUUUUUUUCUUAAAAAUCCUGAUUUCACUGAAGAUACUGCAAAAACUUAAAAUCUACAAAAGAUCAACUCCUUUAUUUUGUUUUCAGAUAAGCUCUAUUUACACAAGGCUUCACUCUUUUUCUGUUCAUCCCUCCUCCCAGAUCCUAGAACCCCCUGAUCAUUACGAAGCUCUUGGGAGGUGCCUUUGUUAGAGAUGUACCUGAAGUCACCUACAAGUUCUUCUGUAUUUCUAAGAGUAAUAAUUGUCAGUUGCUCCCUCAGACGCCCGCUCAGGUUGUGAAUAAGGAGCAUUAUAUUGUUGGAUUAUAAUUGGUUGGUCCGUAAUGGAUAACGGUAAAAAACGUAUACGUUUGAUGUAAGUUUAGAGUGAACCUUUGGAGCGUGGUGGGAUGCAGUCGCGGAGGCAAUGAAAGAUUACUGGCUCAGUUGAUCCCACUAUUUUUUAAAUAUAUUUGUUUUUGUUUAAUUUUUUUUUAUUGACACCAUUGGAAAAUAAAAUUUGUCUCCACAAAAUUAU